AAAGAAAUCAAGGAAAACAGACUUCUGCAGGCCGCAGUGCAUCCUCUAGUCCUCCUUCACGUGCCUAGUGCCGGCCACCCAAUGCCUUGCGCAUUUCAGGCGAAAGGCUCGGAGCCCAAGCCUCCGUUUGCAGUCCGUCUGAUCCAGACUCAGUUCGGGAAACCAUUGUCCUGACUCCUGAGCUCGGCAGUGAACAAUAAGCUCGUGAUACUGUGAAUGGCAUUUGGGCUCCUCUUCUUUUGCCGGCCGAGCUCCCUUCUCCUCAGUCCUCACUCCCUUCCCUUGAUCUUCCACCUGGUGAAAGGUUCAGGGGUCGCCGUCGACGAUGGAGGAGGCCGACGGGAGCGCCAAGAAGGCGAGGCUGGAGCUACCCAACGGCCAUGUGAAGCAGGAGGUCGGCGUGCAUCUUGCGGUCGGAGGAGGAGACGACGGAGGAGCAAUCGUUCCCGCGGAGGCGGGGUACGGCUCCAGAGUGGAGCUCGCGGUGAAGAUCGACAUGAGCGUGCUUCACUGCCCGCUCUGCACUCUCCCCUUCAAGCCCCCCGUCUUCCAGUGCAACAAAGGCGGGCACUUGGGCUGCGGCGGCUGCGUGGCCCUGCUGCCCGGCGGACAGUGCAGGACGUGCGAGGACGGCAACGGGUUCUUCCACCCCUGCCCCGCGCUGGACGCCAUCGUGUCCUCGACCAAGAUCGCGUGCCCCCACGCCGGGUGCCAGACGUACGUGCCCUACCACGAAGCCGCCGACCACCAGAGCGCCUGCCCCCACGCGCCCUGCGCCUGCACGGAGACCGGCUGCGGCUUCGUCGGCGCGCCGCAUGCGCUCGCGGGCCACCUCGCGGACCUCCACUCGGUGCCGGUGCGCACCGUGCAGUACGGCCGGGCCAGCCAGGUCCCGGUGUCGGGGCCGCGGCAGCUGCUCGUCGGCGAGGAGGACGGCCGCGCGUUCCUCCUGACCGUGGGCGCGCUCGGGGCCGCCGCGGCCGCCGUUUCGGUGGUGUGCAUCAGGCAGAGCGCGGCCACGCAGCCGCGCUUCUCGUGCAAGAUGUGGGUGAACCUGGUGCAACCGGCAGCUGGGGCGAACAGCGGCAGGGCGGACAUGGUCCUGGUGGACAUCCAGAUGAGGAGCACCACCAGGCCCGGCGCCGUGGUCGCCGUGAACGAACUGACGUUCCUGGCCGUGCCGCGGAUGUACAUGGUUCCGGUGGCCGGGGAUGCGGCGUCCAUGGAACUGGAAGUUCCCCUGAACAUCCGCAUCGACAAGAUCUCCCGCUGAUCCCGCUGAUCGAUCGAUGUAUCCCUUGUACUACUGUCAGUUCAGUUCGUGCUCCAUGGUCUGGAGAUCCAGCUUAAAACUAUGUGCGUGCUGUUAAUUAUGAAUUUAUCAGUGCAAUGUCAUCCGGAUAACCUGCAGUGAAAUUAAAUGUGAGACUAGA